CAGAACGAGUUUAGUUUUCUAUCGGUGGAGGUCGCCCGCCGUACUGCUGUGGGGGUGAUCCACACUACUUUCAAGUGUGCCGUCGAUGGGUUUGACUAGAAACACAGACGCCCACCUAUCCGCUCUAUCCGACUCACUUUCCACCGAGCGCUGCAAAAUGGCGGCCGCUUCAUCCAUCCAGCCGCCGAGCGUACACGCGACGAAGCGGGAAAAUUCACCUCACCCGGACUCCGACAGCCCCGCGAGCCGACAGGAUGAGGACGCAGCCUCCGAGGGGUUCGCCAUCCUCAGAGAUCUACCGGAACUGGAUCCGGAGGAGAUUGAAAGACGUCUGGAGAAAACUCGCAGAGAGCUGAGCAACAGGAGGAAGAUCCUUAUUAAGAACCUGCCACAGGACACCACUAACCAGGAGGUCCAUGACAUUCUACGUGAGUACGAGCUCAAAUACUGUUUCGUGGACCGGAACAAAGGAACAGCCUUCGUAACUCUUCUAAACGGUGACCAGGCACAGGAUGCCAUCCGAAAUCUGCACCAGUCAGCAGUCCGCGGCCGUGACAUCACCGUCCAGCUACAGCCCACGGACUCUCUCCUGUGUGUCACCAACCUGCCAUACACAGUCACCGCCACCCAGUUUCAAGAGCUGGUGCGGGCUUAUGGCAACAUCGAGCGAUGUUUCCUGGUGUACAGCGACCUAACGGGACACUCCAAAGGCUAUGGCUUUGUGGAGUACAUGAAGAAGGACUCAGCCUCCAGGGCACGGUCAGAACUCCUGGGCAAACCGUUGGGCGACCGGGCACUUAUGGUGCAAUGGGCCGACGUCAACCAGCUGACCUCUACUGACCACCUUCACUCCAAGUGCCUGUGCGUGGAUCGCCUGCCGCUAGACUUUGAAGAUACAGAGGAGCUGGCGCAGAUUUUUUCAGAGCACUACAGACCUGUCUUCUGUCAGAUGGCUCAGGAUGAGGGGAGUCCAGUCCGAGGUUUCGCUGUCGUGGAGUACGAGACGGCGGAGCAGGCUGAAGCUGUUUUGCUAGAGAUGGACAGACAGCUGAUUCAGGGUCAGGAGAUUCGCCUGUCUCUCUGUCCUCCGGGAACCUCUGGGCGCAGCACGCUCGCUGCCCUCAUCGCUGCUCAGGGUGUGAUGUUGAGCAAUAAGAAAGGCUUGCUGCCUGAACCCAAUCUGGCCCAGUUCCUCAACAGCAUGACCAAUCCUGCUGCUCUCCAGGUCCUUAUGAGACCCUACCCUUCCAGCAAAAGAGGAGGAAAGUUUGGUCGACCUCAAAAUCUCCCGUUCCUACGCCCACCGCUCACGGCAGCUUUGCUACAGUUGGGAAAAGCACAGCAGAGUGCCAUUCUAGGUAAUGGUCUUGUUCUUCAGAAUCUUCUCCACAUGCAGAUGGCCCAACAGCAGCUCUUACAGAUCAAAGACAAGCACGUUACUAAUGUGAGGGUGCCGGGUUUGAUGGGCGACCCUUCUCGGCUUCUCCUGCAGAAAGUUUUGGGUCUUCGAGCUCCUGCGGCGGUUCCUCAAGGGAAGGGGUUGCUGGGAGAUUCCCCAACAGAGUUAGGCCAGGAUUCUUCUCCAGUCACAUCCCAAGGAGGGAGCUCAGGGGCUGGAAUUGUGUCACAGAUACCUGGGCGUUCACACAGAGGCUCCGCUGCUGAGCAGAACGGAGUCACAGCAAUAUCAAUGGCUGGGGAGAAACAGCCCACACCUCCAGGAACAACAGGGGGAUCUGUAAGCAGCCAAACCCAGCUGCAAAACCUCCUUCCUGGAGUUAACACACCAAGUCUGGCUACAUUGCUGGGAAACACAACGCACAAACCUCUAGCCAAUCACCACAGCACAAGUCCACAGACUGGUACUUCUGUUACAACUCAGUCCAGUUGUCAGACAUCUCUGUUAGGAGACCCUCCUAAAGAAGUCAAGUUGCCUUCCAACCCAUAUCUAAACCUGGCAAGUGUGCUUCCCGGAGUGGUACUACAAGCACCCUGCAACAGUAAACCUCAGACUGUGCAGACUCACAGUGGGACAUACAGUGCAGUCCUGCCACCUGCCUCUCACCAACCCGGGCAAUAUAGUGCAGAGACCACACCUGCUGAAUACACUCACCAGUACGCCCAGCAAUACACACAGGAAGCCAUGCAGCAGUGGUACCAACACUACCAAGCACAGACCUAUGGCAACAACCAAGAGAGCACUGCAGUUACAGAGUGCACAAAGGAGCAACCUCAGGUGGUGGUGACCUCCUCAUACGGAGACUACAGUUCCUACAUGCACGCUGUCAGUCAAUACUAUUCUCAGACGCAGAUGAGCCAGACAGCUGCUCAAGUCUACCAACACCGAGAUGUCAGCAAGGAGGUGGAGGUAAAGGCGCCCCUGAGUGCUCCUCUACACAGCUCUCUGAACGGCAGCGCCCAGCCUCUUCUACCUGCUUACAGUGCUCUUCCCAUCAUGCCUGGCUUCAUCACACCUACGCACACCCACACUGCCAACCCGGCCACGGUCACAGACUGGAAUCAGUACUAUUAUAGUCAAGCCCGAGGGCAGAAGCGAGAAUACCCCACACUGCCAACACAGGAAGUGACAUCAGAGGGGCCGUAUGUAGGCCAGCACUCGCAGGGUCUCGGGGGCCAGUACGCAGAUUACUUCAAAAAGAAGAGGAUCUAACACACGCACACACAUGUUACUGUUGUCAUGUCCUGGCCUUAACGCGUAGUCGCCUAUAGCUGAUAUUUAUAAUGGGAUUGUGCAUUUUAUUGUGUAAUAGAUCUUUGAGCGUUAUGGUCAGGGUACUGUUUUUAUCACUGACCGAUUUAAUGGUGUAAAUUAUUUUUUCUCACCGUUUUCUGUCUCUCACAGGUCCCCGUACUUGAGUUGCGUGUGCAAGUUUUACUGUAAAUGGUUAAGGGCUGAUAAAGAUAGAGCUACACUCAGAGAAUAACAUUCGUUUAAUUUUUUCUCAACCGGGUAGGACAUGAUGUAUAUUGUAUAUUCUGCGAAACGAGUGUAUUUUUUACAAGUGUACAGAAUGAUGAAAACCUUAAUAUUACGUAUUGCUUAACGUGUAAUAUUUUGAUUCAGGCUUUCCUAACCGUAUAGAAAGCGCAUAUACUCACGUUCGUUAAUCUUUUAUGUGCGUCCUAAAAAACCCGUUUCUGUACAUACUGCUGUUUCUGUUGGAAAGAUCAGCCAUUCUGAAUACUUCAGGAGCCUUAAAACGCAGACAUGGCUUAGGCAAUAACCUCGAUUUACACUGGAGAGACUUCAAGGUCUCGACCUCCCCAUAACUUUAAGCGCUAUAUGCUGCCAGAUUUCUUUUGAAAGAGUAAUAAUACAGUUAUAGUAAUAAUAAUCAGCUGUUGAAAGAGGUCCGAGUGUUUAUGUAUGGGUUAGACAGCCUUAUAUGUACAGUAAUGCCAGUGCUUUGUAAUUCUGGGGUUUCAUCUCUUUAUAAUCUUUAAUGGAGUCUUAAAAGUGAACGUUUUAAUGGGUAUCUUUGUUGUCCAGUUAAAAUACACACACAUAUAUAUCUAUCUAUCUAACUGCUUAAAAGACACGUUUCCAGAGAUUGAAACUCGUACUAUAAACAUUAGAACAAUUGCCAAAUCUAUAAAUGUAUACGCUUUAAAUAGGUGAGACAGAUCUGCCAAAAAAAAAAAAAAAAUUCAGUCACUGAAAAUUCACUGGAAAACAAGAUAUUUAUUAAGCAUUGGAUUUUGGCUUUAUCGUGAAUGUGCUUUAUUGGUUUGUGGUUGGAUGCAGUCUGCCAGUAGAUUGCUGUUGGCUUUGUAACUGCAUAGCACGUACAGACCUGGCACGUUCAUCUGUUCGAUUAAGGCAGCGUGCCUUUGUUUUCUACUCUUUUAAAGCAAUCGUCUUGUUUGUGCGCUCUCUAAAAGCCAUUCUUUUACCUCUACAACAGAGUGACAAUAGAUUUGAGGAGUCUGUGUUAUUGUGUCCUAGUUAUUUCCUUUUAUUGGGUUAUCGACUACUAUAAAGACAAUCCCUGUAUCUAAGGCUUCAAAACACAGAGGCCUUUUUGAGGGAAUACUAACAAUAAGAAUAAACAAAAGUUGGCUUUUGGUUCGUGUUCAGCUUGGUUUGAGAUUCGUUCGUUACGAAACGAGGACAUUACAGGGAUUAUUUAAUGGAAAACACCGCCGUUCUUCAAUAAUUUAUUAUGUUCUUACCUCAACUUGGACGAAUUAAUACAUAUCUAUCUUUUUUCAAUGCGUGCACUUAAUCUUUAUACAGCGUGUCGUGAAUGUGUUAGCAUUUAGCCUAGCCCCAUUCAUUCCUUAGGAUCCAAACAGGGAUGAAUUUAGACCAAACACUUCCAUGUUUUCCCUAUUUAAAGACUGUUACAUAAGAAGUUACACUAGUAAGUAUGGUGGCACAAAAUGAAAUAAAGCGGAUAAAAAAUGAGAACUAUAUUGUAUGGCGGAAAAGCACUUGGUUUGCAGCACUUCGACAUCGGGCGCAGUAAUAUUGACGUCAGGAGUGAUGAUGUUACUGCGCGCCGAGGUCAAAGUGCUGCAAAAUUGGUGGCUUCUAAAUUCAUCCCUGUUUGAAUCCUAAGGAAUGAAUG